UGAUGUCAUGUAAAGUUGCAAGAGUUGCAAGAUGCCCGGCAUCUUGAAAGAUGUUCCGGGGUAUUUUUAUCCUGCUUGUUUGCUCAUUAUAUUUACAAUUGCUUCCUAUUUUGGAUACAGACAUGCUGAAACUCUUGAAGAUCCAAAUGCAAAAGGAAUAGCAAUCGGCGUCAUCGUUGGUACUUUUGUAGUUACCUCGAUAAUCUACGUAACUUGUAGAAAAUUAUACCAGAGUGGAAGGCUUGAACCUCAACGUGGAGUUGCAGCAAAUGUAAGAUCAUUGGGUGCGAAAUCCAUGAAUCGAUUGAGAAGACAUAGUUCCCUCGAUAUCGUGCCCUUGCCGGGAUACACGGAAGCUGAUUUUCGCCGCACCGUGGCUACGAAUUGAAGAAAAAUAUCAUGCACUUCCAUGAAUUAUCAUGACAUUGUUAUAACACUUUAUAAUGAAUAAAGUAUAUUAUUUUCGAUA